UCGGCUCAGGGUGAAGCGUUUCAGGGUCGUAGUAGCUGUUACGACUCGUAUGGACGGGCUCAAAGAUGUAUGCCUGAAUUUGUGAACGCUGCAUUUGGAUUGCCCGUCGAGGCAACGAAUACGUGUGGUUUGGACAAAACGGAGGAAUAUUGUUUACAAACGGGUGUUACAGGAGUAUCGAAAGCCUGCAAUAAUUACUGUGAUUCCCGUCGCCCUGGAUAUAAUCAUCCCCCAGAAUUUAUGACAGAUUUUAACAAUAAUUAUAAUUGGACGUGGUGGCAGUCGCAGACUAUGCUGGAAGGAACCCAGUACCCUAAUGUUGUCAAUUUAACCCUUCAUUUG